UUGACAAUAUGGAAAAUGUAUAAACAUUAUUUGUUCUAAUUGAUUGCAAACCCGGUCCUGUGUAGUUGGGGAUUUAGAUAAACACCGAAGUGACAACUAGCAACCGAAUUUUCGGAUUAAUAUGUGUAGAAAGAUGAUCAUAGUGAAAUUAAUUUUGGUCGGCCUCGCUUAUAGCCAGGCUCGGGCUUCAAUUCAAGCCACAGAAUGCCCUCUAGCGCUUUUUCCAAACAUCGUCCCCAAAAUAGGAGCUGUACUCCAAGGAGGACAUGAAGCUGACAUCAAAUACCACACUUACCAAGCCUCCAUCUUCCAUUUGGACCAACAACUCUGCUCGGGCACCAUAUUAACCAAAAGUAUCGUUUUGACAGCUGCGCACUGUGUUAAUCCUAUGAUUUGGGUACUCCUAAGUCAGUACUCCGUUAGGGUGGGUUCAAAUAUCCUUCAAGAACCCGGACAAUUGGUUGGAAUUGAAAAUUACAUCGCUCACGAGAAGUACAAGCAUGGUACCUCAUUUGAUUAUGAUAUUGCGUUGGUUUUUACAAGGCAACCUUUGACACAUCAUUUUGCAAGACCAGUAGAGUUACCUUUCAAGAAUGUGAUUUACCACGCAGGUCAGUACGCUACAGUAACUGGUUAUGGUACUGAUACAAGCGAGAUAUCAAUAAUUAGACCUCUAGAAACUCUACAUUCUAUUAGAGUGCCGAUCAUAGAAAACCAUAUUUGUGAGUCCAUGUUUAGACCAAUGGGCGAGUUGGUGACGUCAAAUUUCUGGUGUGCAGGAAAAGAAAUUGAAGGUAGUAAAGAUGUAUGUCAAGGUUUUACUGGAGGUCCUGCAAUUAUUGAUGGGUAUUUGGCUGGUAUAGUUUUAUUUGGAGCUGAUUGUGCCGAUGUUGGGUAUCCUGGUUUGUAUCUUAGUGUUCCUAAGUUUGUGUAUUGGAUCAAGAAAAUGGGAGGAAUUAAAGAAAAAAUACCUAGAGGUGAUACAUUGUAAAGUAAAAAUAUUACGAGUUAUUUGUUGUUAUAUGUACUAUCGUUUUCAUAUAGAUAAAUAUUAUGAUGAUGUGUA